UCACAUAAAUGGAAGUAAGUAACGCUGUUUCCUUCACAAAAUUUUCAUGCUCUUUGCUAGAGAAGGUAAGGUACUCAGGAGAAAAUAAGAUGUUUAUCUACACAACUAUUAUGCUUCUACUUUUGGCUGAAAUAAACCACAGUCAAGGAUGUAGAGGAUAUUGCAAGAUUAACGAAUCCCCACAAACUAAUAUCGAUUACAGAAUUUGUGGGGACCAAAUUGCACAGAAGUACAUGGAAUUGUGUGGAAAUCCUAGAGCUGGAAGACGAAACCACAUCACACACGGACUUGACCAUCGUUCAAUUUUGGAGUCGAACUCGCUUGCCAAAAGAUUUCUCAUCAGUCGUAGACAGCCAAACAGUCAGAGUACAGACAUAGUAGAAGAGUGUUGCGUGGAGGGAUGUAGGGCUGAAGAGGUUCAGGAGUAUUGUUAAUAGUACUAAGACAACAGUGAAAACAAAGCUUUGAUUUAUUUAACAUUCGUACUUUA